AGAAACUCAUCUGUCAAAACAAAAGUCAACAAACGCGUGAUCUGAUCGGAAGAAUCGCAAAGUGUUCGCAGAAUUCGAUCGAAAAAAUAUGUGGCCCUGUCCGUACUGUCGCGAGCUGCACCCGGUGGCCUCACGCGUGGACCACCUAACCAUCCGCCACAACAGGUUCCCGUGUCUGAACUGUGACCUCGUCAGUGCCAGUGCCGAAGGGCUGACCAAACACGACCAAGAAAUGCACCGCUAUACGCUCAACGGUAACGGGGGACCUUCCGACGACGGUGGGUCCGUGGGACCGGUCAUGGAGGUGUCCGGAUUUAUCAUGGAAGUGCUGCUCACGCUGCGGGACAUAAAGGAACAACAAAACGUUCAGUUUGGAACGCUGUCCGAGCAGAUUGGUGCGAUGCGUAGUGAGUUGGAGGAGGUCAAGCGGAGCGUGGAUCAGCGAUCGGAUGCCUUGGUUGUGAAGAUUAUUGAUGGACAGGGAGAGAUGGAAAAGGUGCCUUUGGAGUUGUCGGGAGACAUGAUCUACACAGAGCAGUGGAACCCGAAGGACUACUUUCCGAUCAAUAGCGUAGAGCAACUCAAGCAGUUGGAUGAAAUCUCCCGAUUGGCCGAGGAACAUGCGCAUUUCACGGAUCUGAACAUCACCCUCGAAUCCCAAAAUCCUGACGGUUGGAACCCAAAUGGAUUGGUCGAAUUUUGCAAAACCUUCGACCGGACGUUCGCCCUGAAACUUUUCGUAACCCCGGAAGAAACUCCACAGCAGUGUAUUUCACUUGGCGAUUAUAAGGCCUUUUUGGGGGUCUUGAGCGAAUCCUGGAAGGCGGCCGGUCCCAAACGCAUCAACCGCCGGCUGCGCCACUAUCUGAAGUUGAACCGGGAAAAUAUUAACAAGACCAACGACAUCGCCCCUCAGAUCAAUUCCACCUCGGAUGAGGUUGAUCGCAACGUCAACGGCAAGCGGGUUAACUCAGCACCGGCGCCGGACCAGUCUCAGGACUUUGUCGUGGUCAAGAGACGUCGCGGAACGAUUAUGAAACUGACCAAAUUCAAGCAGGAACAUCAGCAGCUCCAGGAUCGAGGGCUGUCUGGCAACGGAAGUUGUAGGUAGAGAGUUUCGCAGUCGAAACUGAAAAGUUGCGUGUAUUAUAUAAACAUUGACUAUCGAAAAUCGUUAAUUUAAGCCAGCUGUUUUUUAAAUAAAU